UGGCAUCUCUUAUAACUUUUAUCAUUUACAUAACGUUGGAUUGGAUUAUCUAUGAAUCUAUUUGUAGAGUUUUUACGUGGGAGAAAAUUAUUCAGCAACAAAAAAAACCAAUAAAGACGUAUCUUGAGAAAGGUGGCAAACCAAACACCCAAUCCAACGGCCAACACAACCCAUUACUUCAUUAUUACGGUGUCGUUUACUAAAACAUGCUCGUAUGAAUUCGUCAAGUUUAAGAUUUAGAUGAUUAGGAUUUCAAUAAACCUGUUUUUAAAACCUUUGAAAUCCGCUAUUCCUAAUCUGGGGUUCUGGUCUUCAGCUUCUGUUUGGUUCUAACGUAUGAACUAAGGUUGGAAACUCACUGGUUUGGGAUUUAUUAUCUAUAGAGUCGGUGGUGGUUUUGAAUCGUUUUCUAUUUUGCAUAUCCCAAAGAGAAUUACUACCAAAAUUUUGAGAUGACCCUUGAUAGGAGCAGAAGCCCAGCACGGGCUAAGAGGUUUCGAAGCGGUGAACGGGCAUGUUAUCGUGAUGCACCUUAUCCAAGGGACCGUCGUACUUACCGGCAAGACUAUCUGUGUAACAAAUGUAAGCGACCUGGGCAUUUUGCUAGAGAUUGUCCAAAUGUGACCGUAUGCAACAACUGUGGACUUCCUGGGCACAUUGCUGCUGAAUGCAACUCGACAACUAUGUGUUGGAACUGUAAGGAGCCUGGACAUCUAGCGAGCCAAUGCCCCAAUGAUCCAGUGUGCCAUAUGUGUGGUAAGAUAGGUCACUUGGCUCGCGAUUGCACAAACCCUGGUCUUCCAGCUCACGAUGCAAGGCUGUGCAACAACUGUUACAAGCAAGGACACAUUGCUGCUGAUUGCACCAAUGAGAAGGCCUGUAACAAUUGCCGUAAAACUGGUCACCUUGCUCGUGACUGCCCCAAUGAACCUGUGUGCAACAUCUGCAACAUAUCAGGUCACGUGGCCCAUCAAUGCCAUAAGUCAACUUUGGCAUCUGAGAUAGGAGGUCCUUUCCGUGAUAUCAUUUGUCGCAAUUGUGGUCACCCUGGCCAUAUCAGCCGUGACUGUGUUUCUAUUGUCAUCUGCACAAACUGUGGUGGAAGAGGCCACCAAUCUUUUGAGUGCCGUUCUGGUCGAAUGUUUGACCGUGGCCUACGUAACAAAUGAUCUCUCGUGGUAUGGUACUUAACGCCUGUUCAGCAAUAGGUUUGGGACUUCUAUGUUCAAGCUACUUGGGUGACUUUAAUGGUGGUUAAAUUUAUGAGAGUAGGCAAUGGUUUACCAAAGGGCUCUGUGAUGGAUUGGCAGGACAUGGAUUUCUCACUCGAGGAAAGUUUUAUAUCAUGGCCUUUGCUGCGGCACCAGUGAAGCCAGUGCUUGCAUUGGCCCGUGGCAGUCUUGUGCAGUUCUGCUCUUUUAUGGGUGCAUGUUCUACUACUAACUGUUUCUGGCCACGUGAAAUAGGCUGUAUUGAUCGGAAUUCUGACAAAGAUUUGUGGUCACUUACAACCUCAUAUAACUUAACAAUGUUACAGAACUAACAGAAGCCCUCAGAAUAAAAAUGUUACAGAAAUCUGAACAUGUCAUCUAUAACGCGAUUGCAGGCAAUGUUUUCAAGUUACUGUUGCAAUUUUUUGUACU